UUGAAUUGAAUUUUAUUUUAGACAGACUCAUACGUCAUCGUGCUUGUGCUUUAAAAGAUACUGCACAUGCUUUGGUGGAUAGUGAGUUGGAUGAACAGUUUGAAAAAAUGUGCCAGGACAUACAUGAAGCUAGAGUGAAAAGAGGUGAAAUCAGCAAAUACAUACCAAAGCCAUUUCGAGUGCAGUCCUCCUCAAACGAAACUGUGGAGGCGGAUUUGACAUCUAAAUCCACUGGCACAGUUCCAACAACUUCCACUUCAGAAACUUGUACCACCAAUGAUAGUUCCAGUCAGAGUUACAUUACCCGCCAUGGCAAACGCCAACAGAAAUUGCAAGAGAUCAUUACUAAUAAUGGAGAAACAGCCAAGAAAACAUGGCAAAACUGUGGAAAGCCUUCGUCUAAUUUUGCCGUGGUGAGAAGAAGGAAGUCUGCCUGGUUCGGUUCUCGUACCAUUUAUAGGCGUCCUAUUCACUGUAACAAAAAUGAAUCAUUUAAAAUUCAAAAUGAUGCAAAAACGUCAAAAGACGUUUCCAUUUCUCCUUUGCAUGGUAACGAUUUGGGAAAUUCCAUAGUCAAUAAUCGAGUGGUAAAUAAUUUUGAAGAUCAUGCAAAUUCUUUGAACGACUUAAAUCUUUGCGAGGGAAUUGAAAUUGAUCCUCCCCACGGAAAAGAUUCGGCGUGUAACAAUCAUGUUCGUGAAGAUCCAUUGCAAGAGUCAAGUAAUGUGCCUACAGAGGAUGUCGAUGCCCGUUUGUCGGAAGUCGACUGUCGAGAUUCCUCAGGUUUAUCUACCUCACCAUGUGCCACUGGAAACAACUGUGAUAAAACAACUUUAGAGAAUAGCUGCUCAAAUGCCUUUAAUUUGCAAAGAGAUAAUUUAACUGAAACUUCUUGUAAUGAACCAAAAAAUGAUAAUCGAGAGGAUUUAAUAAGUAAGAAUAAAGAUUCUGGUGGCGAAGUAGUAACGCAAGAAAGUCAAGCUUCCGAAAACCAUUCUGUGCCACCAUCUGAGAACAUACAAGAAAUGCCGAAAGAAGUGUCCGUCGAUCAGGACAGACUGUACGGUCUUUUGAACAGACUGGUUUCCGUAACGGACGAUUGGCCGUCGGAUUCCUUGGAGAAGUCUUAUCGGGUUCUGGAUAGUUGCAUCUACAGACAUCGCCGAUCCUGGGACAAGCGACUUCUUUUGACCGAAAUGGAAGCAGAAGUGGAAAGCUUCGGUCAAUUCAGACCCAUUUCUUAGUGUCGGACCGAGACGUCCGUCGUCGUCGUCGUCGAAAGAAUGACAGUAAAUCACGUGCGACCAGAAGUUGAAUGCAUUCCCAUCGUGUGUAUUUCAUUCCGAAGAACGUCCUAUUGGAAAAAUGCUGUGCCUCACUGGAAAGAUCUAUCUGAUAGUAAUUUGUCAUUUGUACAUAUACAUAUAUACAUAUAUAUAUAUAUAUAUAUAUAUAUACACACGCACUCAUUUAGAUAUAUAUGUAUAUAUCUAUAUAUACGUAAGUUAGUGUACGAGACAAUGAGAGAGCACGAUAUCCGAUUAUCCGUGCCGCCAAAAAGAGUAAAAAAUUUUACAAUGUACAGUUGGAAUCGCGUGGAAAGAAGAAGUAGUCGACACUCCCGAAGAGGGAAAAGACUGUGCCUUCGUUUGUAGAAGCAUUCUCUUCCGGAUCUCGUGUAAAGUUUUAGCGAGCGACGCGUGACAAGCGACGGUUCGAAACGCGUCGUCCGUAAUACUAGAAAUGUAUAUCGGAGCGAAAAAGCCACUUAGCAUAUCAUUUAAUGUCGAUUUUUUACGUUAUUCUUUUUACGUUAGUCACCGGCCGAUUUUCCAAGAUUUAGAACUUGCCAACUGCCAAACGGCACGUGACGAAGUUUUCAAAUGAUUCCUGCAAAAACCAACCAAAGAAAGCCCGGAAAUUACGUUAAUUCCCAGACGUUUGCUCGAUCCGUUAAAUCAACCCGUUUUUUGUUGUUUUUACGGACGAUUGGAACGGGACAAGAUACGGAUGGCCCAAGGAUUUUAGCGAUUUACGGGAGUAUUUUUACUUUUCUAUUUUAUUCCAAUGGAUCUACGCGAAUGUGUAACUGCCAGAAAUCCAGCGAUUCAUCACUGCCAGUAUUAAGAGUUUUGUUCGUUAGAUGCGAAGAAUCUGGCAAACAACUUCGAUGCCGUAUAUAUCUACGUGUACCGUACGUCUCCGUGUAAACGGCAACAAACACCGGAUACGUUUCGAAAUAUUCGAGUGGGCAAAAUUUAUUAGUCGACAAGACGAAUAUUUUAACUUUUCGUUCGUUUCUUUCCGGAGAAUAUUUUGUAUCGCGGGCCAACGUUUCUUCGCGUUAUCGGACCGGAUAACGCGGCGAUUCCGGCUACGUUUAGCCGUGGCCCCAUGUUUCUUUUUGUACGAUUUUAGCCACUUUUUCUCCGCGUGGCUCGUUUCUUUGGUGCAUUCCCACGCGUCGAACGAGCGGGAGCGACCGUCGAUCGUCGGUGGGGGUGAGGAUCGGGCCGUCCGAGAACAUUUGGGAUUUUUUGUUGGAGACGUCCGGCCGUUGCCGCGUUUGCUCAAUAUAAAAGCGGGCGUAACGUAGCGGACGAAAAUCCGCCGCGUGACGUUAUCGAAGACACUUCGCAGUUUUUAAGUCGCAGUCACUGCCAUUUUCACAAAGUUUUACGGUUAACUUUGUAUAUAUUAGUAUUUUUGUUGUUAAAGUGAGGAGUCUUUCUUUACACUGCCAGUUCCCGUGUAUCCGUCGUUUUUGUUUUCAAUAAAUUUACUUUCACCGGAA